AGGCCUGCUUGGACAAGAUGAUCAAUCCCUAUUUCACUUAUUUACGCUCUUCUUCCGACAAAUGUCCAUAACGAUUUUUAGAAGAAUAAUAAUUCAAUAGAUUGUUAGAUACAGUCAAGAUUAUUCCACACGAAGAAUAAUGAUGAAAAUUUAAUGCUAUAUUUUUUAUGCCUAAAUAUUAUCUAUAUUUUUGAGUAGCCUAAAUGUUCUCGACUUUAUACGGAUAGAACAAAUAAAGCAUAGAACAUUCUUUAACAUUAAGAAUACAUCUUCAAUAAAAGAAUCACAAGUAAAUUCCUGGACAAUAAAAUUUCUAGAUGAUUUUAUACAUAAACUUAAAUGAGUCAUGUAAACUUAAUUAAAAACCUCAUAUAACUAUGUUUUUAUUUCAGAGCAAAAUGAAAGCUGGUUAUAAAGUAAUAGCCUUGGCUCUUAUUUGUUUAUUGAAAAAUGGAGGCGAAAGUAGUUUAAGCCGAACAAAUGUGAUCAACAUGGCGAGAUUAUUUUGCCCAGAAAGAAACAUUUGCCCAACAAACAACUCUGACGCCAGCACGACACAGGAAGCAAGCAACACUUGCUGUAUUGAUUGUUCUUGCGAUCCAAAUUGUACAGAUUACGAGAACUGUUGUUUUCCGGAUCAGGCUUAUCCUGUAGGACACGGAUCUUUGAACAAAGACAGUGUUAAGACUAUUUCAGAAAAGAAUAAGAUACUGAUAAAUGAAUGUUUAUACCCUAAAUCUACCCAGCCAAAUGAUAUUCCAGGAAAAGUACUACAACAGUCAUUCUGGAUGGUUUCUAAAAUCUUAGACAAUAAUGAGUCGUCAGAAAACCAGGCAUGUGGUCUCAUUGAAGUUGCACACUGGGGCAGCCUAUUACCAGUAUCAUCGAAAAUAACUGGGUACGUUUAUAAAAACAUUCACUGCUCUCGAGAACACGGUUUGAAAGAUGAAAAUGUUGUUUAUUGGAAGGGAAUCAUGGUCUGUGACACAAACCGCAAUGACUUUGAAUUAACUGAAACGUUUGUCGAUACAUGUCAUGUUCAGUUUUUUGCCCCAAAAGGAAUCUUUAUCCACAGAUCAAGUGUCUGUUUCAAUGACUUAAUUGAUACUUGUUCAGGAGAUGUAUUUCGCAUUCCUGACUCUAUACCGAUGAACAAAACAGAAGUUAAAAGUGCAUGUACGAGUGGAUUUUUAUCUCCGUACCGAACUGUCAAUAUGUAUGCAAAUGUAUUUUGUCACAUCUGCAAUGGUCAAUCAAAGGCAAUUCCGUUUAAAUGUAGAAAACAGUAUAUAUCGGAAAACAUGAAAUUCGGGAUAAAUAGUAUAUCAGGACUAAUAGACUACAACUAUCUUCAAAAGCUAGAACAUGCCAGAACAAACAGAGGAGAUGUGUUGAAGCCGACUAUGGCGUGUUUAAGAAAAGAUGGCAGUGUUUUUGAAUCGACCUCAGGAACAUGUAGACCCCGUUUCUGCCCAAUAGGACAACUUCGUGGGAACAACGGCGAAUGUUUCUUUGUCUUGGAAGCAGAAGACAAAAAUGCCGCUUAUGACUUUAUUCCAAUGCAUUAUGGAUUCAAAAGAUUACAACAGCAAGAAAAUCUCAGCUCACAUAAAAAAGGAAUUUGUUAG